AUGACAAUAGUUGAAUAUAACUCAAAUCUAUACAAAAUACGAGCUACUAGUCGUGUAACUGUUAUAAUCCUAUUUAAAAGGUCUGCUUUAGCUGCUAUAUCUGACAUUUCACACAUUGUGGACUUGUUGCUUGAAAAAGAUGACUCGUCAGCCUAUGCAAGAGAUUCCGAUGGCUUUACUCCUUUGUUGAGAGCGGUUCAUAGUGAUCUAUUAGGAAUAGCUAUGAGAAUAUUAUACCAUUGUCCCCAAUCAAUAAAACAAUAUGACUAUGAAGGUCGAAAUAUAUUUCACUGGAUAAAGUUUCGACGUAAUGAUGAUAGAAUCAGAGAGUUUCUUAAAGUUGUUCCACAUAUGGGGGUUUUCAUUAGAAGCAGUGAUAAUAAGGAAGAGAUGCCAUUACACCUUGCUAUAAAGAACAACGAAUUUGGGACCGUAAAGUUUUUAUUGGAAAAUUUGGAUGAGCUUAAGGGAUGGUGGAAUAUACUGGAUUAUAAUAUGAGGAUAGUUCCUGAUUUACUAGCCAUAACCCAAGACAUUCCUCGUUGGUUUCUAGAUUUCUUUUCUUCAAAAUUUUCCGAACUACCGAAUGAACUUGCAUGGACCGCUGGUAGAAGUUUAUAUGGUAUCCAUAAGAAAGAAAUAAAGGAACACAUGAGCUCACUUGGGUUGGUGGCUGCCUUACUUACAACAUUAACAUUUACAGCCGCAUUUACUCUUCCAAGAGGGAGUAAUGACGAGAAUGGAACUCCAGUUUUAGCGAAGAAAGUUAUGUUUAAGGUCUUUAUGUUUUCAGAUUUAUUGGGGAUGUGCAGCUCCAUUAUGGUCUUAUUCUGCCUUAUAUGGUUUCUUACAACAUCUCAUAUUUGUUCAAGCGAGGACCUAUUGCUUGUGGAUAUGACCAUCUGUUUGUUGCAAGUAUCAUUCUAUUCAACUCUAGUAGCGUUCAUGGCGGGUGUAUAUGUAACAACUUAUUCCUCUAACCCCUCCUUAGCUAUCUCCACUUGUGUGCUUUGUAGUGUAAUUAUCCUAUUGAUGAGGAAACGUCUUGUCGUGGCAUUCAUGUUAAAAGCCUUUCUCAUCAUUUAUUUCCUCACUGGGAUGUGUGCUCGUGCUAUUACUUUAACUAUUAAGAAGAUUUCCACGUGCUUGAGAUUAAGGCGUUGA